UACAGCAGAGAUCAUUAACUGUCAGGGAGUGGAACGGGGGAAAUAUUACAACAUUUCACCUGGGAUACUCUGUAUUUCAGAGCAGUUUACAGCCGGUUAUUUAUUACAAAUAAUUCUGUCUACAUAGAUAGGUCUUUCAUAAGCACUUAAUAUUGUUUACCAAAGAAAUGGUGAUGGAGAAGCCAAGUCCCCUGCUUGUAGGGCGGGAGUUUGUGAGGCAGUAUUACACACUCUUAAACAAGGCACCAGAUUUCUUGCACAGGUUUUAUGGGAGGAACUCUUCCUAUGUUCAUGGAGGACUUGACCCAAGUGGGAAGCUGGCAGAAGCAGUGUACGGGCAAGCGGAAAUCCACAAGAAGGUCAUGUCCCUGCAGUUUAGUGAAUGCCACACAAAGAUCAGGCAUGUUGAUGCCCACGCCACACUGAGCGAUGGGGUGGUGGUGCAAGUCCUUGGAGAACUGUCAAACAAUGGUCAGCCCAUGAGGAAGUUCAUGCAAACCUUUGUGCUUGCUCCGGAGGGUUCAGUGGCAAACAAGUUCUAUGUCCACAAUGACAUCUUCCGUUACGAGGACGAGGUUUUUGGAGACUCUGAAGCUGAGCUUGAUGAGGAAUCAGAGGAAGAGGUUGAAGAGGAGCCAGAGGAGAGGCAGCCCUCCCCUGAGCCACUUCAGGAAAGCCCCAACAGCACCACCUAUUACGAGCCUCACCCUGUCACUAAUGGAGUAGAGGAGCCCAUGGAGGAGCCAGCUCCAGAACCAGAGCCGGAGCCCGAACCAGACCCCAAAGUAGAAGAGAUCAAGCCUGAAGUAGAUGAGAAGGUUCUGGAAGAGAUGGAGGAGAAAGCACCUUCACCGGUUCCUGUGGAGUCCCCACCAAACACCCAGGAGCCUCCCAAGACUUUCUCCUGGGCCUUGGUGACCAGUAAAAACCUGCCUCCUAGCGGCACAGUCACCUCCUCUGGAAUCUCCCCCCAUGUUGUAAAAGCGCCAAGCUCACAGCCCAGAGUUGAAGCCAAGCCGGAGACACAGACAGCACCUCUUCGGCCCAGAGACCAGCGCACGCGUGACAGACCGGCCUUCGCUCCGCGGGGUCCCAGACCUGAUGGUGUUGCAUCUUCUGAGUCACAAACGGGGAAACCUCACUUGAGUUUUGUUAACAAAGGUGGCAGGGGAGAUGCCGAAUCUGGUGACAUGGACAGCAGGCGGAUUGUCCGGUACCCAGACAGCCACCAGCUUUUUGUUGGCAACCUCCCACAUGACAUUGACGAGAGCGAGCUCAAAGAGUUCUUCAUGACAUAUGGAAAUGUGGUGGAGCUGCGGAUCAACACCAAGGGCGUUGGUGGGAAACUGCCCAACUUUGGCUUUGUGGUCUUCGAUGACUCUGAUCCGGUGCAAAGAAUCUUGGGUGCCAAGCCCAUCAUGUUUCGAGGCGAGGUGCGUCUGAAUGUGGAGGAGAAGAAGACGAGGGCGGUGCGUGAACGAGAGACCCGUGGUGGAGGAGACGAACGUCGGGACAUGAGGCGCAACGACCGGGGCCCUGGAGGUUCACGAGGCAUUGUGGGAAGUGGAAUGAUGCGUGAGCGUGACGGGAGAGGACCCCCACCUCGAGGUGGCAUGGCCCCCAAACCUGGCAUGGGCUCUGGAAGAGGCUCUGGUGGGCAAGGAGAGGGUCGCUUCACAACCCAGCGCCGCUGAGGAGGGCACCACCUGCAGUGUGGAAGUAGUACCGUGUUCUUCAUCUUCAACCGUUCUCGUUAACGAAAAGAAAUCUUCAUGUAUAAACGUAUAUAUUUGUUUUUUGUUUAUUUUUUUAUUUUUGUUCCCUCUUUGCUUUGGAAUGUGACACAGCCUGUCAACCAUUUGUUUGUGAAAUAGACAAAACAAAAUGCGCAAACAAAAAAUUUCGCUUAUUAGUUGUGAGCUGAGCAUCCUUUUCGGGUAUCUCAAGAAUUCACAAACUUUAAUUUGUAAAUUCGUGAAAAAAGGCAAACCAACCAGGAGUAAUCUGCCACAUUAGGAGGGACUGAUGAGACUUUUAACUACGAUAAUACAGCCCAUCAUUUGGAAAAGAGAUUAUAUGCCUUGACUUAACUGGGGCGCUGCUUCACGAAAUCCCUCUAUUGCACAUUUUAUAUGGUAGUUUUCUGCCCGUUACUGUUGGAAAAGAGUGAGAUGCAAAAUUUGUGCAGUUCCAGGGGAAAAGCUUGCCUUUUACUUUUUUCCUUUUGAGAGACCACUGCUUCAAAAUUGCAUAAUGCACUCAUCAAUAUGCACUAAUGGGUACUUUUGUCGUGUUACAUUGACAUCCAUGCUCGGAACGCAGCUGGAGAGACCUCUUUUGUCUCAAAGCGAUACGACUUACCGGGGCAGGCCUCGCUCACAGCACGUCUGCUGUGACCAAUGAACUUUUCACACUUUUGACCCAAAACUACGCUUCAAUUACUGCUGGAUGGACAAGAUGACAAGCAAAUCUGCAUUAUAUUUUUCCUCGUUUAUAAGUCAAAUAAAAAAAAAAAAAACAGCUCAAAUCCUGGACUUUCACCAAAUGAGUGGGGACAGAGGAUAAACAAGAAACAAAGUUGAACAAUAGAAGAGUGGUGGUAAUGAUGGCGGCUCGCUCUGUUUUUCUUUGGAUUCCAAGUUUGUUUUUCUUCAUGUUUUUCCCUGCCAGCUAGACCGUGAAACUGGGAUGGACGACACCUCCCUCCCACUUCCCUCCCUUCCUGUCUUAAGUACGGAGUAACAGAAUAAAUGUACAGCAAAGAUCAUAGUUUACUGUAUGUUUUGUUUUGUGUAUAUUUUUUCAUUUCUCUUUCGACUUGAUAAAAGCAUGAUGGUGCCUUCUAUUUCACCUUUUCCAGUCUUACUAAAGCGUAAAGCGGUUCGGGGCUUGCCGCCUCCUAAUAUAUACGGAGCUGCUCAUUUUGAACUAUUGUCUACUGGGAGCAGAUUAAAAAAAAACUUGCAGUA